GCCCCGCCGGGCCCCCGCGGCCCCUGAAGCGCGGCGGCGCCCGGGGCGGCCGGCUCCGUGCACCCCGGGGCGGCCGGGCGGCGCGGGCGGAGCGGGCCCGGGUCGCGCUCCCGCGGGCCGCGGAGGGGGAGAACGAUCUUGGCUACCGAGGGUGGCGGAUGAGCGGGGCCCCGGCUGCUCCGCUCCCCGGUCCGCGCCCCGCGCUGCUCCUGGCCCGACGGCGGCUCUUGGCUCCUGCCCUGUCCGGGCCGGACUCCGCAACUCGCUCCCCUGCGGAGCCCCGGCCUUCCCCGCUGGCCAGCGGCCGACGCCGGUGCACAGAAAAAGCGCCCGUGGCGUUCGGGGAGCUGGGGCACCGGGCUGCCGGCGAGGCGGACGGCUGCCUGGCUCCGGCACCGGCACGGAGACCGGCGGCCGCCCCUCGGGCGGCCUCGCUGCCGGUUGUCCACGGAGCCUCCCACAACAGGGCGCUCCCCAGACUGGCUCUGCAAGCCCGCAGCUCCGACCGAGCCCCCGGCGGCGGCGCCCGCCGCCCGGUGCUUCCACGUCGCCGGGCCUCUCCCCCGGCCGCAGACGUGCGGGCAGUCCCAGGACCGGGCCGAUUUGGCUCGGUAGCCCUCGCGGAACGGCCCCGGCCCGGGAGGAGCCGCCGCCGGCGACUGAUCCAGCCCGCGCUCCCCCCCUCGGAAGGAUGGAUGUGAACGAGCUACUAAGUGUAGUUACUAAUAACAAUAACAAUAAAUUAUCGGACUGUUGCUCAGUAAUGCAAACAAAUGUUCCCUGAACCACGCGGAGUCUCCCCGUGCCUCGCAGCAGCCCCACCGGGACAGGCCCGUCAGACGAGCGCUGCUCCACGGCCCAAAGAGACGACCCUGUUCGCCCGGCGGCCUCACGGGGCAGGUGACAGGGCCGGUGACGAGGGACGGGGCCAACCAGGGUGGCCGAUAGGGAAGGGGGUGCCGGCGGCAUCCGGCAGAACGCGGUCGGAGGCCGAGCCGCGUGAAAAGCGGCGAGCACGGAGCCGGUAUUUUAAUUAAGCAGGACCUCUUUGAUAUAGGCCGCUUGAUGCUAUCUAUCUCUGCUCUCUGUUCCCGUCACGACAGCAUUUGAGUAGGAAAAUUGCUGAGCGAGGCGGGCCAGGCAGGGCGUCGGUGCCGCGCCGAGGAGCCGGAAAGCCCCGGGGAGCGGCGGGCGCUGCGCAGCCCUGAGAGUCCCAGCCCCAGCGCGGUGCGGUGCCGCCGUGCGCCUUUUCGGGGGGCCUGGAGGAACGGGAGCCAAUUUACCAUGAUUAAAGGCACAGGCGAGGAGGCGCCACGCAUUUGCAUGCGCCUUCAUCUUCUCUAAGUGGAUUUUUGAGGGCAGCGCGGCAGACAAGCUCGGGCUCCGCAUCCCUCCGCCGGUGGAGCGCCCGUCCUGAUGGCCUCGUGGCGUGGAGGGCUCGAGCCCCCCGCCCGCCCCACGGAGCCGCAGGACCGGGCUCGGCUCUAAGGCCCGGCGGGGUCGCGCUGCUCCGAGGCGGAGCAGCUCCGCCACCCGGCCCCUGCUGCGGCGGCCGACGGCUCCGUGCUGUGCCCGCGACCAACCCGGCGCCGGGCACGACCCGCAAGGGCUGCGCCCGAGGCGGAGGCUGUUCCUCAGCCUCAUCAGGCCCCCU